AUGUUCAUCAUCUGCAUUUUCGGAGCCAUGGGGAACGGGAUUGUCAUCUGGCUUCUCGGCUUCCGUAUUAAGAGGAAUCCUUUCAGCACCUACAUCUUGAACUUGGCCGUCGCUGAUUUCGGGGUCCUCCUAACAGCUAUAUUUUUUGUUGUUUAUUCUUGGGUUGGAUUUAUUCAUGAUACUCUCAUUAUACUCUUUGUCUUCUUUUUCCUAUUCCUAUCGACAUACAGCAGUAGUCAAUUUCUGCUGACGGCUAUCAGCAUCGACAGGUGUGUGGCCGUCUUCUUCCCACUUUGGCAUCGAUGCCACCGGCCACCACAUUUGUCUACUAUUGUAUGUGCACUAAUUUGGGUCCUCUCCUUCCUGUUUACCGCGGUUACCUACACUCUUCUGCUUCUUAAUUUAGAGGGGGAAAAGAUGGCAGGGUGUAUUCAGUUUAUUGUGAAUGCUGUGCUGUGCCUCCCGGUCAUGACGAUUGCCACUGUGGCCCUCUUCAUCAAAAUCUGUUUGAAAGCACGACAGCAUCGGAGGGGGAAACUUUUGACCAUCAUCUUACUCACCCUUCUCUUCUUCCUCCUCUUUGCUUUUCCAUUGAAUGUCAUGUUCAUCCUCUGUAUUUUCAAUCACUUACCAUUAUACGCAUCAGACAGUGCACUGCUAUUUGCCUGUUUAAAUAGCAGUGUAAACCCAGCUAUUUAUAUUUUGGUUGGGAGGCAAUGGAAGUCUACACAGAGGGAGAACAUGAAGAUGAUCCUCCAGAAGGUUUUCAAAGAGGAAAAAAGUUGUACGGAUGGAACCCGAGUUGAAACCCAGUUGUGA